UGUUUGCGGUAAAACGACGUGUUGCAUCUUCAUAGCACAUCUAAAACAUUAGUAUAUGUGUUAACAUUUCAUUAUAGAAAGCCAAAUAUGAGUGCGUGGCCAGAAAUAACGACUGCGAAGUCGGAAAACAGACAUGAAAUUAAAUUGGCGGGAGCCGCAAUUUCGAAACGCAUUUCGGAUGAGGGUUUAGACAAAAAUUUAUUUAAAUUAACCAACAUAAAUUUACUGAACAUCAGCGAUACAUGUCUUGCUACUAUUCCUGAUGAUAUUGAGCUUCUUGUUAACCUACAAUCAUUAUUAUUGUACGGCAACAAGCUGACCGAGUUUAACGAAAAUUUAACCUCUCUGCCAAAGUUAAAAGUGCUCGAUUUAUCCCGAAAUCAGCUUACCAAAAUACCAGAGAGUCUGAAUAAAAUGAAAGAACUAACGAGCAUUAAUUUCAGUUCAAAUCAGAUUGAGCAAAUGCCAAAAUUUGGUGAUUUUCCAAACUUAAUCAUUGUUGAUAUAUCGAACAAUAAAUUGUCCUCAUUUCCGGACACAGAGAACGCUAACAUGCCCCAUUUGACUGAUUUAAAGUUAAAAGCAAACGAAAUCGACUCGAUUCCUAGCUAUAUUGCACGCAGCUUACCCUCUUUAAAGAACUUUGAUAUUGAGGGCAAUCAAUUAAAGACAAUUCCCGGAGAAAUCGCCACAAUGUCUAAAUUAAAAGAGCUUAAUUUAAAAGGCAACAAGUUGACAGACAAACGUCUUAUGAAACUUGUUGACCAGUGCAGAACUAAACAGGUUAUUGAUUACAUACGUGAAAACUGCCCUAAAGCAGACAGUGCACAAGCUACUAGCAAAGGCAAGGGUAAGAAAGGCAAGAAACAGGACGAACCACCACCUGACGAUGUGGGCGACUUGUGCCAUUCCAUGAAAAUAUUACAUGUUGAAGAUGACAUAUUGAAAGUCACUGUAAUAGAACAAGAGAUAUGGAAUAUUAGACCACACAUCUUGUGUUGUAUCAUAACUGAGUUGAAAUUCACCGAGGAUCUGUUCAAAAAGUUCAUUCAGAUGCAAAACAAAUUGCAUGAUACUGUGUGCGACAAAAGAAAUGUUGCUACGAUUGCCACUCAUGAUUUAAGCAAAAUACCCCCAGGCAAUGUUGUUUACACGGCUAAAGCUCCAUCCAAGCUUAGUCUCAAACCUCUGUCUCGAGCCAAGGCUUACACUGGUGAGCAAUUAUUCCAACAGCUGACAGUAGAAGCGGACUCACUGAGGAAGGAGAAGAAAAGGAAUGUAUACUCCGGAAUCCACAAGUAUCUGUACCUAUUGGAAGGCAAGCCGAAGUAUCCGUGCUUGGAAGAUUCAGCUGGCAGAGUCAUCAGCUUCCCACCGAUUACUAACUCUGACGACACUAAAAUGUCCUUAGACAGCAAGUCUAUGCUUGUAGAAGUGACGUCACACUCUUCGCUCGGUGCAUGCAAAACUGUCAUGGACAAAAUGCUUCAAGAGUGCUUGAUGCUCGGAAUAGGAGAUGGAGAGGAUAGCGGCUUCCACACUCUUACUGUCCAGCAGGUAAAAGUAGUAGACACCGAAGGCAAUCUCAAAAGCGUUUACCCAUCGAGAACGGACUGUGCUUUCGAUGGAAACAUCAAAGUGUACCGUUUGCCAAAAAAAUAAUUCAUUUUAUUUCUAAGCUUUUAUUUAUUACGUCACUUGGUGCUUUGCUUGUCGUCUGACGACGUGUUACUUUUUUAAUAACGCUUGACCAACAGAACAAUUAUGUCCCUUUUGGUUCACAAAAACAUGACGACACAUUGUAUAAAUAGUCGUAUCUUGAGUAAAUAAUGAAUUGCACAAAUUAUAUCAUCAUUAUUUAAUUGAGAAACUCUAUUUGCAGUGGUGUUUUAAAUUAAUAGUCACUGAAGCACAUUUUUAAUUGUUGAAUAAUGUAACCAU